AUGCUGGAGAACCUCACGCAGGCGGUCGCGUCGCUACCAGCAAAGGGGACCGGAGCGGAGAACACGGCGAGACCUACAUCGGUAUCGGGCGAGUCAGGGGCACUGGCUCCGGGGGAAAACGGUCGGAGCGGGCUGGGGUCGUUCUCGGCGAAGACAGCCGCGUCGCAGAGGGGAGAAGCGGCGGAGGUCAAAGGGGUGAAGGCGGCGGAGGUCGAAGGGGUGAAGGCGGCGGAUGUGGAGUCGGGAAACACGGAUCGUGCGGGCCACGACGCGUGUGGGCGAGGCAGUGGGUCGGGCCUGUUACCAACCCCGUCGGCCCAAGAGAUCGCGACAAUACGGGGAAAAGCAAAAAUGCUAGGCUAUGACGACCUUGGGCCACAGUGA